AUGGUUUUGCGUCUCUGCUGUUCUUGCACACUGAUGGUAGCAGUGUGCCCCAGCUCCUGCGGCAAGCGAGCGUGCACCGACCAAAACGAGUGCUGCCACCCCGAGUGCCUGGGGAGCUGCACGGCGCCCGACAACAACACGGCCUGCGUCGCCUGCCGCAACUACUACUACGAGGGCGUCUGCCUGCCCACCUGCCCGCCCAACACCUACAAGUUCGAGGGCUGGCGCUGCGUCACCAAGGAGUUCUGCUCCAAGGUGCCCGCCACCGAGAUCAGCGAGUACGAGCGCUUCGUGAUCCACAACGACGAGUGCAUGGCCGAGUGCCCCUCCGGGUUCAUACGCAACGGGAGCCAGAGUAUGUUCUGCAGUCCUUGUGAGGGGCCUUGCCCCAAAAUUUGCGAGGAUGGAAAAACCAAGACCAUUGAUUCCGUCACAUCAGCCCAGAUGUUGCAGGGAUGCACAAUCCUCAAGGGGAACCUGCUGAUUAACAUCCGCCGCGGCAGCAACAUCGCCUCUGAACUGGAGAAUUUUAUGGGUCUGAUUGAGACAGUAACGGGGUACGUCAAGAUUCGCCAUUCCCACGCGUUGGUCUCCCUCUCUUUCUUGAAGAACCUGCGGUAUAUUCUGGGAGAGGAGCAAGUGGAUGGGAAUUAUUCUUUCUAUGUGCUUGACAACCACAAUCUUCAGCAGCUGUGGGACUGGAACCAUCAUAACUUGACGAUCAAGGAGGGUAAAAUGUACUUUGCGUUUAAUCCUAAGCUGUGUGUUUCUGAGAUUUACCGUAUGGAGGAAGUUUCAGGAACCAAGGGACGACAGAGCAAAGGAGAUAUAAAUCCGAGGAACAACGGGGAGAGAGCUUCUUGUGAAAGCCACAUUCUGCAUUUUGUUUCCAACACUACAUUGAAGAAUCGGAUUAAACUAACAUGGGAACGGUAUCGCCCUCCAGAUUACAGAGAUCUUAUUAGCUUCACUGUUUACUACAAAGAAGCCCCAUUCAAGAAUGUGACAGAAUAUGAUGGGCAAGAUGCAUGCGGCUCCAACAGCUGGAAUAUGGUAGAUGUUGACCUGCCACCAAACAAGGAGAACAAUCCUGGGAUUUUACUGCAGGGAUUGAAACCUUGGACUCAAUAUGCCAUUUAUGUCAAGGCAGUUACCCUCACAAUGAUGGAAAACCAUCAUAUUCACGGAGCAAAAAGUGAAAUAGUAUAUAUACGAACCAAUGCUGCAGUGCCAUCCAUUCCUUUGGAUGUUAUUUCAGCAUCCAAUUCCUCUUCCCAACUGAUCGUGAAGUGGAACCCUCCCUCCCUUCCCAAUGGCAACCUCUCAUACUAUAUUGUGAGAUGGCAACAGCAACCUCAGGACAGUUACCUUUACAGACACAAUUACUGCUCCAAAGAUAAAGUCCCAAUUCGAAGAUAUGCUGAUGGGACCAUUGAUACAGAAGAAGCUACUGAACCCACCAAGCCAGAGGGCUGCGGGGGAGAAAAAGGACCUUGUUGUGCUUGUCCCAAGACGGAGGCAGAGAAACAAGCUGAGAAAGAGGAAGCAGAGUACCGGAAAGUCUUUGAGAACUUUCUUCACAACUCUAUCUUUGUCCCCAGACCUGACCGGAAGCGGAGGGACUUGUUCCGAAUUGCAAAUGCCACCCUGGCCGCUCGAAACAGGAACACGACGGGGACAGAUCACUUCACCAAUGUUUCUGAUGCAGAGGAGAGUGAGGUGGAAUACCCGUUCUUUGAGACCAAAGUGGAUGGCAAGGAGAGAACUGUGAUCUCCCAUCUCCAGCCUUUUACUCUUUACCGCAUUGAUAUUCACAGCUGCAACCACGAAGCUGACACGCUUGGUUGUAGCGCUUCCAACUUUGUCUUUGCAAGAACCAUGCCUUCAGAAGGAGCAGAUAACAUUCCAGGAACAGUAGCAUGGGAAGCAAAAGAAGAAAACACGGUCUACCUGAAGUGGUUAGAGCCUGCAAAUCCAAACGGGCUGAUCCUCAUGUAUGAAAUCAAAUAUGGGCAGCAUGGAGAGGAGAAGCGGGAAUGUGUUUCCAGACAGGAAUACAAGAAGCUUGGAGGAGCUAAACUAACUCAUCUGAAUCCUGGGAACUAUUCUGCCAGAGUUCAGGCCACUUCGUUAGCUGGGAAUGGGUCGUGGACUGAGCCAGUCUCUUUCUAUGUGCAGCCCAAAUCAGCAAACUAUGGCAACUUCCUGCACUUGAUAAUCGUGCUCCCCAUCGCUUUCCUGCUCAUCAUCGGAGGGUUAUUGAUAAUGCUGUACGUCUUUAACAAAAAACGGAACAGUGACAGACUUGGCAAUGGGGUACUGUUCGCUUCUGUGAACCCGGAGUACUUCAGUGCUUCAGACGUGUACGUUCCCGACGAAUGGGAAGUGCCCCGCGAGAAGAUCACCAUGUGUCGGGAGCUGGGGCAAGGCUCCUUCGGAAUGGUUUACGAGGGAAUAGCCAAAGGAGUGGUGAAGGAUGAGCCGGAGACCAGAGUGGCCAUCAAAACUGUCAAUGAGUCCGCAAGCAUGCGUGAGAGGAUAGAGUUCCUGAACGAGGCCUCGGUGAUGAAGGAGUUCAACUGUCACCACGUGGUUCGGCUGCUUGGCGUCGUUUCUCAGGGCCAGCCAACACUGGUUAUCAUGGAGCUCAUGACGCGUGGAGACCUCAAAAGUUACCUGAGAUCACUGAGGCCAGACACAGAGAGUAAUCCUGGUCAGGCACCUCCAACUCUGAAGAAGAUGAUCCAGAUGGCAGGAGAGAUUGCUGAUGGGAUGGCAUACCUCAACGCCAACAAAUUCGUUCACAGAGAUCUUGCUGCGAGAAACUGCAUGGUGGCAGAGGACUUCACUGUGAAAAUUGGAGAUUUUGGCAUGACGAGAGAUAUCUACGAGACAGAUUAUUAUCGUAAAGGAGGGAAAGGUUUGUUACCUGUCCGCUGGAUGUCCCCAGAAUCACUGAAAGAUGGAGUCUUCACAACGCACUCCGAUGUCUGGUCCUUUGGGGUUGUGCUCUGGGAGAUCGCGACGUUAGCAGAGCAGCCGUACCAAGGCAUGACCAACGAGCAAGUGCUCCGCUUCGUGAUGGAGGGAGGCCUGCUGGAAAAGCCGGACAACUGUCCCGACAUGCUGUUUGAGCUGAUGCGCAUGUGCUGGCAGUACAACCCCAAAAUGAGGCCCUCCUUCCUGGAGAUCAUCGGCAGCAUCAAGGACGAGCUGGACCCGGCCUUCAAGGAGGUCUCCUUCUUCUACAGCGAGGAGAACAAGCCCCCCGACACGGAGGAGCUCGACCUGGAGACUGAGAACAUGGAGAGCAUUCCCUUGGACCCCUCGUCCACCCUGCAACCCAGCGACAAGCACUCAGGACACAAGGCCGAGAACGGCCCCGGCGUGGUGGUGCUCCGGGCCAGCUUCGAGGAGCGGCAGCCCUACGCGCACAUGAACGGCGGCCGCAAGAACGAGCGGGCCCUGCCGCUGCCCCAGUCCUCGGCCUGCUGAUCCCGCGGGCCCGGAGC